AUGUUCGUUUGUUUGUUAAUUGGCCAUAUUGUUUCUUCAGAAAAUCAACAACAUCGUAGUCGAACAAGCCACGUUAGCUCUGAAUACCUUCAUAAUAUACAUGAAGUAGAACAUACGAGUCGCAUUAACUCUUGCCUUGAUUUAGGAAUAACACCUAAUAUUGUAAAAAAUUCUGUAGAGAAGUUGGAGCUUUUGUUUCAUAUAAAACAACAUCCUGGACCCAAUUAUAAUUUAGUUAAAUCCAGUUCUAUGAGUGCAUUGGAUUAUCCAAUAACAUUCGAUGAUACAUUUGAUGUGAAAAAAGAUAAAAGUUGUAUUAGACGAGCUAGUACAGUAGCCAAUAUUCCUAAAACAAUUUCAUACUAUGAAGGACUAAAUACACUUGGAGGAAUUGAGCCGCAAAUAUAUCGGAAACGUUUCGGUAAGAAUAAAAGCUUAUCUUUGGGUAACAUUAACGAAGGGCACACAUUGGAUUUACCUAUUGAAUCAACAAUUAUAUAUUCGGAUGUAGAAGAAACAGAUGAAGAUUUAUUUGAUCUAAGAAAAUUAUCAGAUUACGAAGUUAAAGAAGAAAGUUGUUCAGAUUUGUCAAGAAAAAAAGGAAAACAAAAAAUGAUUUCAAAUUCUUGCCAAUCUUUGGUGUUACAAUCAAGUUCAUCUAGUGAAAGUAACUAUCGUAAAAAAAGGCUUCAAGUGAAAAAAACGAAAGGAAAAAAUAAGAAAGAACAAAUUGACAGUUUCGUUAAUACUAGUGAAAUUGCAUCAAGUUCCUCAUUUAUGAAUAUCGACAAACCUAAAUUUUUAAUUGGUAACGUUUCUCUACGAGAAUCCUAUUUUAAUUCGUCUGAGUCUUCUGAUAUUAAUUUUUUAUUACAUUUUACUGAACUAUCUAAAACCAACUUGGAUGAUAAUGUUGAAACAGCUUCUAACAUGGAAAUUGCAAUUUUACCUGGAGAAGCUAGUUCUGUACCUGAACAAGAAAGUGAUGAAGCAAAAACUUCUUCACAUUUUUCAGAUAAUAUGUUUUUUUACUAUAUUCCCGACUAUCAUGUAUUUAGCGUAACAGAUGAAAAGCUGCUUAAAUAUAAAAGAAGAUUUGGUAUUGCUUGUAAGCUUUUUGAGUUUGACAAAAAAUUAUUAACAUCGUUUACAGCACUUGUGUACGCUUAUAAACAUUAUGUUGAUAAAUUUAUUCAAAAAAAAGAACAUAAUGUAAAAAAAAAUCUGGUAUCAUUGUUUCACUCGAAAUACAACAAAAUACGCAGUAUUUUAACUAAUCUAGGAAGUCUUAAGGAUAUUGAUGCAAUUUUUGAGAAAGUUCAUCAAGAAAAAAAUAAGAUUUAUCUAAAUGGAAAAAUUGUAAAACUGUUAAAAGAAUGUAGUAAAGAAAAAGACAACCAGAAUAUUGCUUUUUGUACGUGUAUAGAAAAUGUAAAGUAUGAUAUAAACCUAUUAGAAUUGGCUUUUUAUACGAUUGCACAAUAUUGCUACCAACAAUUGUAA